CUCCUCACUAAUCACUGAUUAGCAGAUAAUCACAGUGAUUUGGCUUCGGUUUAGUUUCUGUGUUUGAGUUUUGUCGUGGCUGUUUCAAACCAACUGACGCCUCUACCUCAUUGGUCCGUUACCGUCACGCGCCUCACCUUCGCCAUCUCCCUCCCUUUUUCUUGUCCACUUUCCCUCUCUUUUUCUCUAGGGUUUUGCAUUUUCUCGGCUCCCAAACACCUCUUUCAAACAAUGAGCAGCAACGAGGAUAACUUUGACAUGGCCGAGCUCGACUCAUCCCUCCCCGCCGCCGCCGGCGCUCCGAGUGCAGAGGAUCGUGAUGGCCUUGUGAAUGCUCUCAAGGAUAAGAUUCAGAGCAUGGCUGGACAGCAGACCGACGUCUUGGAAACUUUGUCACCCAUCGUCAGGAAGCGUGUUCAGGUUCUGAGGGAGAUACAGAGCCAACAUGAUGAGAUUGAAACAAAAUUUUUUGAGGAGAAAGCUGCAUUGGAAGCAAAAUACCAGAAGCUUUAUGGACCUCUCUACACUAAGAGAUAUGAGAUUGUUAAUGGUAUAACUGAAGUUGAAGGAGUGACAAACGAAGCUGCAAUAGACCAAGAAGGAGACGAGGACGUCGAAGACAAAGGAGUGCCUGACUUUUGGCUUACUGCAAUGAAGACUAAUGACGUACUUUCUGAGGAGAUUACCGAGCGCGAUGAAGGGGCACUCAAGUAUCUCAAAGAUAUCAAGUGGUCUAGGAUGGAUGAUCCAAAAGGAUUCAAGCUGGAGUUCUUCUUUGAUACUAAUCCAUAUUUCAAAAAUUCCAUCCUGACAAAAACAUAUCACAUGGUCGACGAGAACGAACCUAUUUUGGAGAAGGCUAUUGGGACUGAGAUCGAAUGGUAUCCUGGUAAAAGCUUGACACAGAAGCUUUUGAAGAAGAAGCCAAGAAAGGGAUCGAAGAAUGCGAAACCCGUGACCAAAACUGAAGAUUGUGCAAGCUUCUUUAACUUCUUUAGCCCUCCUGAGGUCCCUAAGGAGGACGAGGAUCUUGAUGAAGAGUCUGCGGAAGAACUCCAAGCUCAGAUGGAACAGGAUUAUGACAUUGGUUCAACAAUUCGAGACAAAAUCAUUCCUCAUGCAACAUCAUGGUUCACUGGAGAGGCUGUUCAUGGGGAUGGGUUUGACGAUUCAGAUGAUGAUGACGAAGACGAUGAGUUAUACGAUGAUGAUGAUGAUGACGACGAAGAGGAUGAGGAUGAUGACGAGGAUGAGGAGGAUAAGGGCACAAAAAAGAAAAGGGGUAAUGUGCAAGGUGCAGAAGGUCAGCAAGGCGAGCGCACUGCGGAGUGCAAGCAGCAAUAGUAACAGAGUUUGCAUAGACGGGCUUGUGCUGGUGGCUUGUGCUGCUUGAGAGUCGAGUUUAGGAUAGCCCUUGUUAUUGUUUGGGGAAGAUUAUUAUCCGCAGGGGUUUUGGGUUUUAUUUCUUCUGUUGGGAUGCUUUGGGUUGGCCAAUGCUGUCUUUGUCCUAUAAACACAUCUAUUUUUUGUUCUUUCUUUUCUUUUUUUUGGGGACGACACAUCUUUUUGAUUGUUUGUUUUUAUUAAAUAUAGCGAAUGCAACAUGCUUUUAUGAUCUUAUCA